AUGGGCAAUUGUGUAAGUCAAGCAGGUCAGAGAGAAUUUCUGAAAAAUUUUCAAAAUGCAGCAAGUAGAGGUGAAACAAGAGUUGGAGGAGCUUUUAUGAGUGAUGAUCCGGAAGCUUUUCAAGUAUUCGUUAAAAAAAGAAACAAAUUUAUUCCAGGAACAUUAAAAGUGACCGAAAAUGAGAUUGUUUUUAUUCGCUCGCGAUGUGAAACGCUAAAUUGGCCGUUACAUUUUUUGCGCCGUUAUGGUUUUACAUCGGCUGGAAUUUUCUUUUUCGAAAGUGGGCGACGAUGUAGUAGCGGUGAAGGUCUUCAUACGUUCCAGUCACAUCAAGCUGAAGCUAUUUUUCAGCUCGUACAGUCACGUAUCCAAGACAAUGCAAAUAUGGGUAUAGCAAUACGUGAAGCUCGUGCGCAAUCAGUUACAGGAAGCUAUCAUAGUGUUCAUAAUAUUCCAUCCAGCUAUGCUGGUACACGCAUUCAACCAAUACAACGAUAUUCAAGUGAAGGAACGACAAAUGUGGGUGAUCGUUCACCAUCGUCAUAUGGUGUUACUAAUUAUCAUCGGCCACUCAAUCGAUGUAAUCAUCGGCAGCUUCUCUUCCAAAUACCGAAACGACCUCGAAGCAUUGCUGGGCCGGCCCAUACGGCUAUUUGGCCUCUACCGCCGCCAUCCUAUCAUUCACCUCGAUCAUGCCUCAAUCGGCCGGCUUUUAUGGGAAACAUCGUAAGUGAGCAUGUGCUUCAACGACAGCCAUCCGAAUUGAGUACCUGUGAUCAUUCCUAUGUCAAUGUUCUUCCGCAGCGUCGUUCCGCCACUUCAUCACCCCAGUGUACAUCGCCGGUUUUGAGGGAAUAUGCCUCUACCAGUCAUUUCAGUUUCGGUUCAACGGAGCAAAAUCUUGGCAUGGCGGAUUUUGGUUCCCAGCGAUUCAAUACUCCUGCUACUGAGUUAUCACACCGCUAUCCACCUUGUGGAUUUUUGUGCUCUUAUGAUAGACAACCUCUUAAUUCUUACGUUAAUGCUCGACAGGAUUCAGGAAUGAGUGACCGUGAAACAACGCCACCACAACUUGAUUAUGCAUUAGUAGCGAUAGGAAUAACUGAGGAAGGUUCAUCCACAGCUGUCAGAGCUAAUUCGUCCAAUACACGUAACGAUUUAGCAUCUAUUGGCAUAGCAUCUAAUGUAAAUUACACAAAAAUAGAUCUGGAAAAGACUCGUGCCGUGGAAGUGGCAGCAAGUACAGUGGAAAAAGAAAAUCCACAACGGCGGCAUUUUACGACAAGUGGACAAUUGGACAAUUGA